AUGGCCAUUAUCGAGCUAGUCUACCCUCAAUUCAAGUCUGAAGGCAACAUCCUCCAGACGAUCGAAGAAGAAUUCUUCCCCAUUGCCGUCAAAACCCUCCACGAUGGCGGUGUGAUCGACGGCAUCCGCGGAUUCAUCGUCUCUUAUAACGGAAUAGACGUCACCUCCGACGUCCGGGAGGUUCUAGUCCUGGAAUGGCCCACCGAAGAGAAGUUUACUUUGUUCGUCAAGACAGAGGCAUUCGCUAGGUUCCAGGCGGCGAUGAAGCCUUUCGUGAAAGGUCCGCCUGUCCUGAAGCUGUUCGAGACCAAUGAGGCAUCGAAGCUUUUUGGUUCAGCCCCAGUUUUGGAAAUCUUGGAGAUAGCCCCCAAGGAGACGACGGAUGGGGAGAAGGCACGAGAUGUCCUGCAGAAGGUUCUUGAUGAUAUGAAGAAGACCAAGGCUGCCGGGGCUGUGUAUGGGACCAGCUUGAACCUUGACCAGAAGCAGGUUGUAAUCGUUGAACUUUUCACAGAUACUGCAGCGCUCCAAGCAGCACAGGAAACGGCAUCUCGCCGAGAGUUCUUAGAGAGCAUUCACGGCCUAGCCAGUGUCACCCAGCUUGUAGCAAAGGUGGAGAAGAUGCCCCUUUAA